AUGGCGCACAGCGAGCGCUGCAGUUCAUGUCUCUCUCGCAUUGCAUCUCAAGGCAGAGACGAUGAUGGCUCUAUCCGUGACAGGAUCGGAGGCGUUUGGGUCUCGACGCGUCACGGUUAUACGAGCCUGCGGAGAAAUGCACAAAAGGGCAUUGCAUCGACAGACGCAGAGGCCAAUCACGGCGACCUGGAGGAAUCUAUGCAAGGCGGAAACACUGGACAAGGACCCCAGAAGAGGAAGGUCGUACAUGAAUCACGUCCCCUCCGAGGUCGAAAUAUAUUCGACACUCGAGACCCCCGGCGAGGCGGAACUUUUGUCCCCACACUGUCCCUCAUUGGGCAGUGCGAUACAAAGGUCCUCACUAUGCGUGCUGCCGACUUUGCCGGCGUUGCUUCGCCCGACGAAAAGUGGUCCAAACAUGAGAUCUUCGUCCCUCUCAACGUGCCGUGA